AUGAACGUUACACGUGAGGAUUGCUCGGUAAAUCCUCAAGUAUUAGCAUCAUUUAAGUGGCCAUGCUGUUCUAACUCUAAUCGUGGGAAAUUAAGCCCAAUGUAUCAGCUAAUAGUUGGACUUGGUUAUAUAGUGUUUCUAAUUUUAUUUGCUUUAGUUUUAAGUUUAGUUAUUCAGACAAAUAACAUAUAUAACUCUGUAUCAAGUACCUCUAUGACAGUAAAUAUGGCAAAUUGGAAUCCUAGUGAAUAUACAGCUAAGGAUUCAAAUAUUUACACAAUACAAUCCUAUUCAGAUAUUCAAAAUUGGCUAUACUAUGUUUUAGGCCCUCUACUACUUCAUGGAUAUAUAUCUAAUCAAAAUCUACUUAUUGGAGUAGUUUUAAAGAAGUGUGAAUCAAAAUAUGUAGCUGAGAAUACAUAUGAAUAUUACUCACCUUUUAUCCCAAAAACAUAUGGAAAUUUACAUAUACUAGAUCGUUCUAAGUGUAAGGAAACUACACUAAAUCUUAUAUCUCGUAUAGCAUCUCCAUAUAAGUCACUACAACAGUUCUUUAAUUCUACAGACGAUUUUGUUUAUCAAUAUGUUGAAAAUGAAAUUCCAAAUCUACCAAUAAUAUCAAACAACACAAAUGUAACGAGUGUUAAUAUUGAAAUGUUACUUUAUAAUGGGAACAUCGAUGUAUUUAGUAUAUUGGAGUACAAUUUCAAACUGACAUCUUUUGGAUCUUACAGUUUCGAUUCAUCAUUUUGGAGUGCAACUCCAAUAAAAUCAUAUAUUGGUUUUCCUUGCUAUAAAUCUUGCAAUUUAACAACCAAAAAGAUUAUCCCAGUUAUUUUAUUUUUUUUUUAUUGCAUAUGUGUACUUUUUCAUACUCUAUCAGGACUUUUCAUGCUAUUCUCUAAUUGCUAUCAUAAUAGAAAAUUAAAAGAAAUUGCAGAUCAAGAUUCUGAUAAUCUAGAUUCUGUUAAUCCAACUUCAAGUAUUGAAUCUUGGAAAGAAUACUUUAAACAUAGAUCUUUGCCUAUAACUAUUAGAUUAUUCAAUUUAUGCAUAAUUGCUACUUGGCUCGGGUCUGGCAUUAUUUUGCAAGCCCUUCCUUAUGAAACACUGGAUGAAAUUUUGCAAUCAACAAAUAGCUAUACAGAUUAUAUCCUUCAUAAUUCCCAUAAUACUAAAGAUUUACAAUACUUAAAGAAAUUUACAUUGAGUAAUAUUAUUUGGACUGUAAAAUUGGCAUCUUCACUCCGCUUUAUUGGAAUAUCCCUGGGAUGCGUGGUUAUCCUACUAAUUAUAUUCAGAACAUUUCAUAUAUUCUCUACAUUAUUUACAAAUAUUAAUUCACCUCUAAUAGCAAUAUUCUUAUAUUUCAAAAAAAUAGUUGGUUUUAUAUUAUUUUUAUGUUUAAUUAUUUUAAUAGUUACAUUGACUAUUAUCAUAUUUCUCCAGUUUGACAACUUCUCAUUGUUUUUUGGAAGCUUUUUAGCAUCACUAUCAUAUUCAUUAAUGACAAUACUUCUGUCUCCUUGUCAGCCAGUCUAUUUUAAAGAAGGUUUUGCUAAUUUUAAUAUCAGAUUAUCUUUCUUUACCUUGUUAUCAUUUUCCGUUGCUUAUAUUCUUCUAUUUUUAAUACUAUUACCUUUGUCAAUAGCUACAACUAUAUACUUAUAUGGUGAAAUUGAACUUUAUCAAGUAUUCAACCAAAAUUCAGACAAUAUCUUUGCUAUAAAGUCAUCUUUAAAUGCAUGGAUACAACAAUUAUUUUUUCUUUCAACUUUUUGGCAAACUUUAUCCAACGAUUCUAGUUUAUCACAUAGAAUUAGACAAAAGAACAAGAACUAUUUAGAAAAUAUAAAUUUAGCUAGUAAAUAUGAUUUAGGCCAAAAUAACCAAUUUUCAUUUGAAAGAUGCCAAGUAAGUGAUGCUAACGAGAAUUCAUUGGAUACUUUUAGUGGAACAAAUAUAGAUUGGAUAAAACGAGGAUAUAGAAGAUUGAAACUUUUCUUCUCAUUUCCUCCAAAGCUUGAAUUUAUUCCUUAUCAACUAUUCAUACUGAUGUUUUUGUUUGUAUGUCUAUCUAUCUGUUGGACUGCUUUAGUAUUUCGUACUCAACUUUAUCCAAAUGUUCGUUCUGUUAUUUGGGAUAUACUUAAUGCACCAUUUAGAGCCCCAUCUCUUUUUAGUAUGAAUAUAGAUAUGAAUAAUUCACCAUAUAUAUUUCGUAAUUGUUCAUUGAGGAAUACUGAGUAUCCGAAGUUUUUUUUUAAUGAUGACCAAAUUAAACAGAUCCCAAGUUCCUUAAUAAUAGGUUUGAAUCAAUCUAUUCAGUUCAGCAAUAUAACAUCUAUGCAUCAUCUAAACAUUUGGUUUGCAAAUAUAUUUAUACCCUUGAUUGAAUCUGAUGAUAUUAAGGGAUCAUACAUAAAUUUAUCCAUACAUAAUAAUAAUUUACUUGAGACAUAUUCAAAUAAAGAUAAUAAUGGGCACAUGAUACCUAUUGCAUAUACCAAAUUAUAUCCAAUAACUAAUCCAAUGCUAAUUGUUAGACAGUCAUGUAGCAUCCCAAUAUGUAACUCAAAUCCAACUUCCGCUGGUUACUAUUUAUCAGUACUAUCUGACAUUUCCAGCGAAUUUGAUUCAAUUCAGAAUUUAGUUGAAUUCAAUUCAACUACCUCAAUGAAAAAUUUAAAUUAUUUAAAUACUUUCUCUUCAUAUAGAUCAUUUUCUAUUUUAGAAUAUGAAUUAAAUUAUAAAAAAAAAAGUAGAAUUUUAAGUAAUUCUAGAGAAGAUAGGACUAUAUUUGACAUAUCAGAAAUAGCUGGUAAUAACAUUAAUAAAAGUGGCACUAAUAAAACUGAAAAUAUAUCCUCAGUGACCUAUAAUAACUCAAAAAAUAAUGAAUCUUGGAUAAAUAUUGAUAAAAAUAUACAUCAUCAUGAAAAAGAUCUUAAACUUAGUACUUAUCUAAAAUUUUUUAAAUCUUUAGUGUCAAUUGAAACAACAAGCCAGCUACGAUCUAUGGUUGCUGAAAGUGGUAUCAGACGUGUCUUUUUUUUAUAUUCGGGUACUAAUGAUCAGAUAUAUCAACAAUAUUUAAAUGCUUUAAAUGGAACUACUGUUGGUGGCAUGUUCUGGAUAGUUAAAUUGGGAAGUUCUGCAAAUGAUGAAAUGUCAGUUGAAUUUUUGCCAUCUCUGACUCCCUUUAAAAAUAUCUCUGAGAUUGUUGGUUCUUCAGGAAAUCUAUUUGAUUUUAGUCUUCAAAAAAUGCAGAUUUUAUUUCCAAUUUACUUAUCAAGUAUAUCAUCAGUAGCACUUAUAGAUAUUAAUAUAGACUUUUCCCAAAGUGGACUUUUUGAAACAUAUUUUGAUGUAAAAAUUAUUGAUAGUUAUUGGAUUAAUUAUGAAAACAGUUCUAAUAUUAAUUACAAAUAUUUAAAAUUUAAUAAAGAAACUAAUUCUUCAAGUUCAUUAUGGGCUUACUGUUUUGUUGCACUAGCCAUUAUGUUGUUAAUUUUGACGAUAAUUAUUGCCCUAUACUUUUAUAAUGUUUCUAAAAGACGUCAGAUACGUACAUCUCAUAUUUUCCAUGCUGAUAUUGAUGAUAUAGAUUUUCCAAAUAAUAAUAAAACCUUUAGGACAAAACUGAAGGAUAAAACACUGAAGGAUGAUAGCUCACCAUCGAAAAGAGAUUAUAGCUCUACAAUAAGAAGAAGGGUAAAUACUUCUUCAGAGUCAAAGUCUUCAGAUAGUAAUGAUUUGAUAAACAAAAGUAGUAAAGGUGAUAAAAUAAAUAACAAAAAUAUAUUAAUAAGUAAUGAGAAAAAAAGUGCAGAAAAGAGUGAUGGAAAAGAAAGAAAUGGAGGUCAUAUACAAGAAGUGUCUAUGGAUGUUGAUAUUAGCGAUAUUUCAAUACCUGAUGAAGAUAUUAUUGUACUGUAUAGAUUGAGUAAAUUUAAUACAUUCACUCUUUCUAUCUUGACAUUGGCAUUUCUAAGUUGCUUUUUAACUUGUGUUGUAUUUUUUGCAUACCUAUCUACUCAAUUUGUAGUUUUGAAUUUGAAAACUAUAAAUUCAGAAGGUAAAUUUGUUUCAACUGCGACAUAUAAAUCAGAUGGAUUGCCAUGGUCAGUCCCAGUUUCUGAGACGAGCAAGUUCGAAGAAGAUAUACAAACUAUUGGCCAUGGAUCAGGAUUUUACAAUGGGAAUGCAUUCUCAUUAUAUUCUCUGCUUGAUAUUGUUGCUAAUAUACAAAAAUUAACUUGGUACUUCGAAAUGUUUGAAUUUUUUGCUGCAUUGUUGAUUUUUAUUUACAUUAUUUAUUUAUUAUUUUAUUCAGGAAUACUCAUUGAUCGUUAUCGUAAGACUAAAGUAUUUAGAAUCAAGAGUUUACAAACAAGUAGAGGAUACCGUGUAUCUUCACUUGAUUCAACAUUAUCUCUAACUAAUUUUAUGGAUUCAGCAUCUAUAACUGGUUUUAGCUGGAAAAGAGCAAAUAAUACAAUGCUCCCUUCUAUGUUUAUAACAUUUAUAUUUUUACUAUUUUUUGCCUUAAUUGGAUAUUGUACACUAGGAAUACAAGAAUUAUCAUUUCUUACAUAUUAUUAUUCCAUUCUUAGUUCUUUGUUAGUGAUAUUCAAUUACAAUAGUAUAAAAUAUUUAUUUCUUACAAACGCACUAUAUACUUCUAAUGUUGGACUUUAUAAUAAUUGGAUAAGUUACUUUUGGAAGCCAAUAUUCCUUGUUUUUACUUUUUUCUUUUAUCAAUUUAUUUUAAAAGCCUUACUUCCAGCAUCAGUCAUUUGUUAUUUGAGAUCUCUAUCAACUAAAAAUCUACAGAAUUCUCAUGAUAUACUGUUAUCCAAACUUAAUACUAUUGCAGUUACAAGACCUAAAAUAAAAAUAUUUGUUAACGACAGUAUUAUGUUAAGAAUGAGAUUCUUCAUAAAGGCACUAUAUCGUAAACUUGGCACAGUUAGGGACUUUCCACCAGAAUUCGACUUGUUUAAGGAAUCUAAAAUAUCAGAGAUUUUGGAAGAAGAUGUAACUGAUAUUAGAGAAACUGGAAAUCAUCCUGAUUGGAUAUUUGCAAAGUUAAUCCCAGAGAUGUUUAAUGAGUUGGUACAUUAUAGAAUAAAUGAAUUGGAACUUGUGAAACAGGACCAACAGAAUUUACAAAAUAUCCGUGAUUAUCUAGCAGACAUUUCGCUGCAACUACUGUUAAUUCAAGAACACUUAGUAAAAAUCGAAUUCCUUAGAUGCAAGCUAUCAAUGAUUCAUCAUGAAUUAAUGAAUGUCAAUGAAGCUAAAAAGGAGGUAACUAGAGGAAAUAAGGAGUCAAAACACUAUAUUAAUAGACUAUUGCAAAGAUUAAUGGGUAUAUAUGAUGACAUUGAGCAUUUGAAUCAAACUAGCCGAAUUUUGGGAAUUUCUAGAGAUGAGAAAGCAAGUAUUGGAGCAUCAGCUAUAAAUGCUGAUAGUUUUCCUUCUGGUCUAGAUGUAAGGCUAUCUUUAGAACAUGAAAAGCAAAAGUACUCUGAAGAUUUUAUGUAUGAAUAUGAUCAUUCAUAUGCAAAAGCCUUAUUUGAAAAUUACAAACUUCAGGAUAUUGCACUUACAAGUUUAGAGGAUAAUAAUAACUCUAGUAAUGAAAAUCAAAGUAAUCAUGACUACUCAAAUGACAAAUCUGAAACCUUGGCUAGAAAUGAAAAAAAAACUGGAGAUCCUCAACAUUGUGAACUUUCUGAAUAUGAAGAAAGUCACAAAAUGAAACAAACUAAUCCAAAAGGUGACAAGUCAGUGAAACACUUAAAUAACCAGAAACGUAAAAAACGUGUAAAGAAGAAUCUAGAUCAGAAAAGUAUACAGAAAGCAAAGAAAUUAUGGAACAAGGAAUAA